GAAGCUGUGCGUGUUUGGGUGGAGUCGGCCUGGCCGGGAAGGUUGAGGAUUCGUUUGUGCCGCCUUCCCCAUCCAGGGCACAGAAGUUGCGCUCUAGCUUGAGCGCGUGUCCCUUGGAGGGGGGCAGCGUCCAGGUCCAGGGCGCUGGCUUGGGAAUGAAUGGCCUUUGCCGAGCGGUUCCGAAACCUCUGUGCCCUUGGGGCUCCCUAAACGGAGGUGCGCAAACCCUCGGGGCCCAUCGGCUCCCUUUGCCUCCGCCAUAGAGGCCCCGGGGCUGCGAGGGAUUUCCGUCCCUCCGGGUGGCUUUGGCGAGCGCUGCUGAGGAAAGGAAGGGCAGCCAGGACCUGGGGCGGGGGGUUGGUGCCUUGUUGCCCAGCCCUGGACCCAACAUGCCCGGCGGUAAAGUUGCAGGCGUGGACGAGACAAGUUGUUCAAGCUGCAUCCCCGGCCGGGUCUUGGAGUCAAAGCCGGGGCUAGAAGGCCCAGUGUGGAGGAGAGCUCCUGCGUCACUGGUCUGGAUGUCUGGGGUGCCCAGAGGCUCCGCAGCCUCCCUCGAAAGUACCUGGGACCCCAAUCUUCCACUCUCAGGGCGCCAGCAUGCCUACCGCACCGGGUCCGAUACCUGCCCUGAGCAGGUGCCCCCUGUGCCCACUCCCGAGUACCAGGAGCGCUGCUUCUGCGGUCUUCUCUUUUACCCCCCGUCCCCCCCCCACGGUGUCUUGAAAGCUAGGUGUCAGGGGUCGUGUGUGCACUGUCUUUGUACGUAUCCUAGUGCAGAGCCCGCAGACAAGCCCGAAAAGCCUCCAGUGGUUUCGUCUCCAGGUUUUGUUCUCACAACUGGUCGGAAUAUCACCUGGAAUCUGUCUACUCUCUGGGGCGAGGAAGAACCUUUCGCUUGGAAGACGCCUAUUUUUAUUCUGGUUAUUUUAUUUUAGGCCCAUCUCGGUUUAAAGAAAUGCUAAAGUUCAAACAAGCCCGGGCGGGAGUAGGGAAGCAGUGGGUGCAUUCAUUCUGUGAAUUGGGAGCAGCGUCCACUCCACAGGCCCGGGGCAGUAAACUGAUAGGUAUUGAUUAUUGCAAAAUCGGAUUCGUAAUCAAAUCGAAAGAUUCCUUCUCUGAUUCCCUGAGAAUGUUUAAAUUCAGCUCCCGAGAAUUAGCGACUUGCCCCUUGAAGCAAAAAAAAAAAAAAGGUCAAUUACAAUAAUCGGGCCAAUGGAUUUCGUUUCUUUAAAAUGUUUCAGCAUUGCGCUUUGCUUUCAAGGUUGGGGGGCAAAUGCAUAUUGGGGGGAGAGGCAACGUUUAUGUGGAAGGAAGUUUCGUUUUCUGCCUGUAUCUGCGGACCCCGGGUGCUCACCUCUCCAGCGGGGGUCCCCCCACGGCCCCUCCUCCUCCCCCCACCUCUUCCCUCGUCCCCGCCUGUGACGCUAGGGUUGCAUUCAGCCCCGCACCUCUUUUCAAGGUUGAGUUGAGGCUUCUUGAGUGCCUGGCCCGUCGGAGGAAGCUGCCGAGCCGGCGCCGGGCAGGGCAGGGCCGGGCGAGGGUAGGCGGGUGCCCCCCACCCGCCUCCCGGCCGCAGCCCAGCCUUGGAGAUGGAGCUUCGGGCGAUGGCGGCGAAACGCCGUUGUCCGACACUUCGGGGCCGGUGGAGCGGCCCGCCCGCUCGGUGGCGCUUGGGGCCGACUCCCCAGAAGGCCUUCCCACCCCCGCCCCCUCGGAGGACCCCGAGCGCACUGUGCCCACGCCGUGCGGGGGAGGGCGUCGUCCCUCGGAGGGACUGGGACUCCAGCUGCCUGAUUCCAGUUUAAACCUUAAAUCUCCUUGGAGCGGGUGUUUGGGACGUUUUAGGAGAUAGGGGGACCUCAGCUGUUGAGACGUCUUUUGGAGGGUGGGGGAAGGCGCUGUCGGUGAAAGAGGGGGGGCUCUUGGGUUCGGAUCCCGGUCCCCAGCUCUGCCGACCUCAGGUGUGUGCUUGGUGAGGGUGACUGAUGGAUGGCGUGAUGGGGGACGCUGGCCUCUUAGGUUUGCGGCUGUCAGCGAGGUGCGGCCCAUUCGACUCCUCUCCUAAGCCCCCCGAGGCGUGGGUCUCCGCGCGGCGCCGGGCCAGGAUGCGGGGCGGAGCUAGGCUGGGACUGGCUGGGGGCCGCCCCGCCCGGCGCCGGGGCCUUUGCGCCGGCCCCCGGGGAGGAGUUAUGAUAAUUUCUUCUCAUUAAGGCGCCCGGAUCCCCCGGCUAUCGCCUGGACACACACUGCGGGCGCGGCUUCCCCGGUCCCCGGCCGCGGCCUCUACACCCGCGGCGGCACCAUCUACAAUCGCGGAGCCGCCGAUGCGCGUCCAGUGACCGGGACGGCUAGGCCCGCGCGCGGCGGGGGCAGCGGCAGACGUCUGGCCACCGUGACCCCAAUUUUGGAUUUACCGCUCGGGGGGUGGGGGGAACCUGGAUUUAACUGGCGACUGUUUUGGGGGACGCCGGACGCCAUGUUGUGGAAAAUAACCGAUAAUGUCAAGUAUGAAGAGGACUGCGAGGAUCGCCACGACGCGAGCAGCAAUGGGAACCCGCGCCUGCCUCACCUCUCCUCCGCCGGGCAGCAUCUCUACAGCCCCGCGCCGCCCCUCUCCCAUGCUGGAGUCGCCGAAUACCAGCCACCACCCUACUUUCCGCCUCCCUACCAGCAGCUGGCUUACUCGCAGGCAGCCGACCCCUACUCGCAUCUGGGAGAAGCGUACGCCGCCGCCAUCAACCCCCUGCACCAGCCGGCGCCCACCGGCAGCCAGCAGCAGGCCUGGCCGGGCCGCCAGAGCCAGGAGGGGGCUGGGCUGCCCUCGCACCACGCGCGCCCGGCCGGCUUGUUGCCCCACCUCUCCGGGCUGGACGGCGGCGCCGUGAGUGCCCGCAGGGACGCCUACCGCCGCUCGGACCUGCUGCUGCCCCACUCGCACGCUCUGGACGCCGCGGGCCUGGCCGAGAACCUGGGGCUCCACGACAUGGCGCACCAGAUGGAGGAGGUGCAGAAUGUCGACGACCAGCACCUACUUCUGCAUGAUCAGACGGUUAUUCGCAAAGGUCCUAUUUCAAUGACGAAGAACCCCUUGAGUCUCCCUUGUCAGAAGGAGCUGGUGGAGGCUGUGAUGAAUCCCAGCGAGGUUUUCUGCUCGGUCCCUGGAAGAUUGUCCCUCCUCAGCUCUACAUCUAAAUACAAAGUGACAGUUGCCGAAGUCCAGAGGCGACUGUCCCCGCCUGAGUGCUUAAAUGCUUCAUUACUGGGAGGUGUCCUCAGAAGAGCCAAAUCUAAAAAUGGUGGCCGAUCCUUGCGGGAGAAGUUGGACAAGAUUGGGUUGAAUCUUCCAGCGGGGAGACGGAAAGCUGCCCACGUCACCCUCCUGACAUCUUUAGUAGAAGGUGAGGCUGUUCAUUUGGCUCGGGACUUUGCCUAUGUCUGUGAAGCAGAAUUUCCUAGUAAAUCCGUGGCCGAGUAUUUAACCAGACCUCAUCUUGGAGGACGCAAUGAGAUGGCAACUAGGAAGAAUAUGCUGCUGGCGGCACAGCAAGUGUGUAAAGAAUUCACAGACCUUCUCAAUCAAGACCGAACUCCCAAUGGGAACAACCGGCCCACUCCGGUCCUGGAGACCAGCAUUCAGAACUGCUUGUCUCAUUUCAGCCUGAUUACCCACGGGUUUGGCAGCCAGGCCAUCUGUGCUGCUGUGUCUGCCAUGCAGAACUACAUAAAAGAAGCCCUGAUGGUCAUAGACAAAUCCUACAUGAACCCCGGAGACCAGAGUCCAGCCGAUUCUAGCAAAACCCUGGAAAAGAUGGAGAAGCACAGGAAGUAAAACAGGGGUGAACAAAGGGCCGAAGCGUCUGGAAGGAAAAGGACUCCAAAACCGGUCUCGACCAGGACAAACUGGGAACCCCGCUUGCCUGGGGGACAGAGUUUGUUAUCCACCUUCCCACGAAAAGGGCCUCCGUCGGGUUUCCAGAUCUUCACGUGCCCUCCUGGAUUCCUUAGUAUUUAAGGAGUGCUGAAGUGUCUCCUAAAACUCUGGACGCGCUAUCGGGAGGUGACAAGUGCUGGUUCUUUACCCAUUAAGCUGAUACUUUAGUUUUUGGAACCCCAUUCUUCCUUUCUCUGAAAGUGGUGCUACAAGUUUUGGAACCUUUUAAAUAAAUUCCCUGGGCUAACAAAAACCCACACACA